GGAACCCAUAUAUUGUAGUACUACUACUACUACUCCAAAAGAAAAACCAAAAGGAAGCAUAAAUCCAACGGUCGAAAUGACAAAAGUAUCCCUAGAAAUCCCAACGCGGAUUUCAAUCAUCAUUUCAUAGAUAUCUAGAAUUCUUUAAUAAGGGCCACAACGACACCCCACAAUGAACCGUCAAAACCUAAAAAGGGGCAACACCGUCAUUUAACAAGCAAACCACUACACGUGUGGGUCAAUUGCCCAAAACGCCCCAUGCAAUCGGGGCCCUCCACCUGUCCCUACUGUUCCGCCAGCGCCUUCCCAACGGAUCAGAUCUCACCCCGAAGAAGCACACAGAAAACACAACGGCAAACUCCCCAAACCCAAGCAACAAAUGUGGCCUUCUCAGCCAAUGGAGUGGAUUCACACGGAUCGAUGACGGGGCGAGACAUUUUUGAAAUCCCGCCCAAACCAGGCGGACUUGAAAAUGUUUUCUGUGUUUCAAUUUUAACUCUCUCACCAAAAUUCUCUCUCUAUCCCUUCCCCCAAACCCCUUCUUAUCUCUCCGCUUCGCAAACGCACACUCUCGCACCCACACCAAAAGCAAAGGGCAAAACGUCGUUUCUCUCUUUGUUAUCUUUCUCUCUCUCUCUCUCUCUCUUAUUAUACCUAAAGGUUUUCAUCAUGAAAGGAGCCAAAUCUAAGGGAAAGGCGGACACCAAGCUUUCCGUGAAGAAAGGCGCGGCCAAGAAGCCUGUGAAGAAGGGAAAGGCCGCUAAGGAUCCCAACAAACCCAAGAGACCAGCUAGCGCUUUCUUCGUCUUCAUGGAGGAUUUCAGGAAGACUUACAAGGAGAAGCACCCAAACAACAAAUCUGUUGCCGCUGUCGGUAAAGCUGGUGGAGACAAGUGGAAGUCCAUGUCUGACGCUGUAUGUAUACAUAUGAUUUUCAUGGCUUGUGAUUAGUCCUCUGUCAGUCGGACCAUUUUCUCACUAAAUUUGGGCUCUGGUGUUUUGCAGGAGAAAGCUCCUUUCCAAGCCAAGGCUGACAAGAGGAAGGUUGAGUAUGAGAAGGAGCUUCAGGCGUACAACAAGAGACUUGUAAGCAGUUUAAUCCAACCCUGUGAUUGUUUUGCUUGUAUUACUGAUUACUACCAGAAUGUUUAUUGAACUCAUUUAAAUUGUUUCCGGUAUUAGGCCGAUGGUCCUGGCCCUGAUGAUGAAGAGUCUGACAAGUCGAGGUCCGAAGUGAACGAUGACGAGGAUGAUGAAGAAGGCAGCGGAGAGGUAUGAUGAAACUCUUCCAAAUAAAAUUGCAGAUUAUUAGUUAUUACUAAAAUUUAAGUCCAAAUUUUUUGAAUUGAAGUUUGUGUGGCUGAUCAAUGGUUUUGAUGAUGGGCAGGAUGAUGAUGAUGAUGAAUAAAGGAAAGCUGUGUAGGAUAUGGAACGACCCAGUUGACCCCCUUUCGUUCCUGUUGGAUUUAGUAGACCACUUGUUAUUCUCCCCAGAUAAAUAGUUUCUCUUUUUUAUAUUGUUAAUUCGAAGGUAGUUUGGAAGGAAGAACAGAAGAAAACUUUUUAAGUAGUUUCAGUAGGUGUGGGCUGUUAAAGCUCUCUCUCUCUCUCUCUUGGUAUCCCGCACUGUACUUUUGAUGUCUCAUUUGGAAUCGAUCCUUAAUCUUAAAUUAAUGAUAAUGUAGUUAGAUAUUUUCUUCUGUUCAUAUUUUGAUCUGUUUCAUAUUCUAUUGAUUGUUGUCUCAAGAAGACUUGUGCGAUUUUGCGUGC